AGUGUUAAGUCUUAUUCUCACUCAAGAUACAUAAGUACUAUCUGCCAUCUCCGAGCAAACUGUGAGUGAUAAAGAGCUCAGAGCAGCAGAGAUGGGAGCUGGAGACACUCUGACCUUGUGGGGCCUGGCUGUGCUCAUCUUACCUGGGGUCAUGAGUCGCGACUGGAAUGUACGGUACCCAAAGAAGCCAGUCUGUGCUGCGAGAGGAUCUACUGUGGUCAUUCCCUGUGGGUAUGAUUAUCAAGAGGGUAACAAAGUGGAUAAAUUCAUGUGGUGUCAUAAUCAAAAUUACUGUACAGACGCACCAUAUGUCUGUCACAGCAAUAAUAUGAAUGUCAGUAGUCAGUACAGUGGCAGAGCAGAGUGUUUGGGGGACAAAGAGAAUAACUGUACAUUACGGAUAAAGAACAUUACAGACGCUGAUGCUGGAGUGUAUAGAUUCAGGUUUAUUACCAAUGAGGAACGUGGAAAAUGGACUGGUCAGCCUGGAGUGACUCUAAAAGUUGAUGGUGGUGCACCGUCUGUAGAUUACGCAGAGAGAACCCUGUGUGCAGUGAGAGGAUCAACUGUGGUCGUUCACUGUCGAUUUAAUCAUCCAGAGUCAUACAGAGUGGAGUCGAGAAUGUGGAGCCAUAAUACUGAGGACUGUGCUGGAAAAUCAUAUGUCUGGCAGAGUCAUAAAAGAAACAUUAGUACUGAGUACAGGGACAGAGCAGAGGUCUUGGGGAACACGGAGAACAAAUGUACAUUAAUGAUAAAGAACAUUACAGACGCUGAUGCCGGACUGUAUAGAUUCAGUUUCACAGCUGGUGGGUGUGAACUGUGCGCUCAGCCUGGAGUAGAACUGCAAGUCGGUGAAUUAAAGGUGAUGGUGACGUCAUCUACAGGAAAAGGAUUAUUGAUAGAAGGAGAUUCUGUGAAUCUGACAUGUGGCUCAGAGAACUGUUCUCUCAGCCAAUCAGAAUUCACCUGGUUUAAGGACAACAAGCCAAUCACAGACACACUGUCCACAAUUCACUUCAACCCUGUCUCCUAUAAUCACUCUGGAAAUUACUCCUGUGCAUUGAAGGGUUACAUAGGGACUGUGUCCAGUACCCUAAUAUUUCAUAUUCAAUCCUGUAUUUACCCUGGAUUCCCUCACUAUAACCCGAUGACAGUGAUACUGGUGUGUUUGGGGAUACUACUGCCUGUUUUAGCUGUAACAAUCUGCAUAAUGAGGUGAGUGUUUUACUAUUCAUUCACUGUAAAAUAAUGUAUGCUUUUUAAAACGCUGAGUAUUUGUGAUAUUUGUUUAUUGAUUGAUCUUACAGUUUAUUCCGAGACUCGGGUAACUGGCUUCCCAUCAUCCUCUCUGUAGUCAUCAUGCUCAUUGACAGAAACACACAUAUAUCACCAAAGAUUAGCCCUAAAUUAGCAUAAUCAAAGGCAGUGUGCCGAGCAGAAACCCAGGGUGAUGCCCUCAGCGGCCCCCCAGUCCCACAAGAGCCCCCAUUCUCUCUCCAGUCCCUGCUG